UCAUUUUAUUCUCACCCGGUACAAGACAAACAUUGCCCAAUUUUCUCUUCUUCCAUUAUUCAAUGUGGAAGGCCCCGGUCUUCACCUGACUUGCGUAAAUUUUAUCGUUGGGUGGACCCGACAUUUGCCUUCCUCCGACCCUAUCUUCCUUGCCCCUGUUCUCCCUUCCCCCUUGCCUCUUUUUGCAUGUUUGUCUUGCAGGAUCAAGCUUCUUCUCUCAAAUCCAUAGGAACAAAGACCAGAUCAAGCCACUGACGCCCGACUAUUGACGAGAAAUCUGCCAUUUGAGACUGCAAUCGGUUUGCACCAGUGAGCUUCAAACUCUUGAGGCAUCCGUCGGAUGGGAAAGGCCAAGGUUGAAACCCUUGUCUGUAAAGGAACCAAGAUCAGGAGAAGAGCCUACUCUCGCAACUACCUAUAUGAAAUUGAAGUUUAUAAGCCAACAAAUCAGAAUUUUUCUUUCCAGCAUGUGGAUAAGUUGACACGGAGAAGGAGCCAAGGUCAGGACGUCUGUAUACACAAGCUUUGUCAGGAGAGAUUCGCAGAGGUAGACAUCCUCUGUGACCAAAGGAGAGGAUUCUUGGCAACAGUCUUAGUCGGGGGCCCCCAUCUCCAUAGCUCUGCGAACGUCUUCCUCUUCUUUAAGAUAGAAUCGAACCCAACUUCGCAACCCUAUCUCCAUUCGAAUAAUUCUGCUCGAAAAAGUGCAUCCAACAUGGCUCCUAAGGGUGAGAAUAUCCUCAAGGGGACUGAUAAGAUGGAGUUCACUUUCAUUCAUAUCAUGCUUGAGAAGUUCAAAAGGACCCACACGACAUAUUGGAAGCUAAGGGAUUGGGAGGAGAUGAAUGUGGAGAUGGAAAUGCAAUUUCACGAUGUCAACUGGGCUUUCAUAAGCUCUAGUAGAAGACCAUGUACAAGUAGUUCACUGAAUUGCUUCAUCAUACUAGAGUCGGAUGGGAUGAAGACACCAACACCAUCAAGAAGAACAAGGCCUUUAAGACUUUCCAAACCAGAGGCUGCAAGAACGACAAACUAUUGAAUGAGCUUUUCAGUGCAUCAACUGCUACCGGUGCUCUAUGCAUCUCCUCGAUCGAUCCACCGAGAACUUCUGACGAGGAUCAACAAGUGCUGGAGGAAUUCCUAUCAACAUCCAAGAAACAACAGAAAUAGCCAAUUAACCUUGAAGAACCGGUUAUAUCCGAGUCUCGACGUCAAGUGUGUAAACGGCUUUCCUUGACAACCUCAUAACUGUAGGAGUACAUGGACUUGUUCAAGGCCAGUUUCAAACUUAAGCCUAAGACCAUAGUUAUCAGAACCGGACCGGACCGGCCGGUUCGACCGGUCGAACCGGAAACCGGCACUAUGAUCGGUCCGAUUCCACCUUCAGACUGGAAAUGCACAUUUGAACCGUUGAACCCACAGAAUCGAUCGGUUUGAAUAUAAAAAUCCACUAAACCGGUCGGUUUAUGGGUUCAACGGUUUACUAUAUUUAAAUCAAAAUAAUGAAUGUGGUGGCCCUGGUGGGAUUUGAACCCUUGCCCCUCCACUUCACACCCAAA